CAAACAACUCUUGCGUCACAGGCUUUCCACCAACCAAGUGAUGCUAAUGUGACUGCUUGGCUUCCUACCUUUCACACUGUAGCGUGUGCAGCUGGCCUGGCACGGGCAUAUGGUCUGUGUAACCUCACCGCUCCGCUGACAUCUUCCUCCUCCACGGUGAUGUUUCAUGUAAAAGCCGUGCCAGCUCUGACGCGGGCAGGGGCGGACAUUCCCUUUAAGCGGUUACUCUCCAGCCGAAGACUCCGGUCCUCGACCUCUGCGACCCAGACGGAGCCGCAGGACGACGUCGGUGCUAAACAUGACACGGUCAACAUGGAGUUUCCCGGACAGCAGAGGAGAGGAGGGAGAGACGGAACCACCACCACCGCUGCUAAUGAGGUCUCCGUAGACUUUGACCAGGCACAGGGGGCUUACAAGAGCAAAGACUCAUUAGAGCUGCUCAGAAGUUUGGUGGUUUUCAAACUUUGCUCCUAUGACUUCCUGGUUGAUAAGAAUAAAGAGAUAAUGGAUCUAGGUAAGAAGAUCCUGGGCCAGAGAGCCUUCGACCAGUUCAUGAAGAUGACAUUUUAUGGCCAGUUUGUCGCCGGUGAGGACCACAUGGCCAUCAGGCCGCUGAUCCAGAAGAAUCAGGCCUUCGGCGUCGGCUCUGUCCUGGACUACAGCGUGGAGGAAGACAUCAGCCAGGAGGAGGCAGAGCAGAAAGAGAUGGAUUCAUGUGUAUCCGCUGCAGAGAAAGAGAGCAUUGGCAAAGACUACAGAGAGAAAAAAUACAAAGCACAUAAACAGUUCGGGGACCGUUGCAAGGGUAUAACCGGAGCCCGCACGUAUUUGUACGCCGAUGAGGCCAAAUGUGACCAGCAUAUGGAGACCUUCAUCAGAUGUAUCAAAGCAUCUGGUGGGAGUUCAAUGGAUGGUUUUUCUGCCAUCAAAAUGACUGCUCUAGGACGACCUCAGUUUCUGCUCCAGUUCUCAGAGGUCCUGGUUAAAUGGAGGCAAUUUUUCACCUUCCUGGCAUCACAGCAGGGGAAAGAUGGCAUGGAGGCGUUAGAGCAGAGGCUGGAGCUGACACAACUGCAGGAAUUCCUGACCAAACUGGGUGCAAAAGGUGACUUUUAUGGCUGGUUUACUGGAAGUAAAGAGAAAUCUUUAGGAACCAUUGACAUGCUCGACUGGAACAGCCUAAUAGACGACAGAACAAAGAUAUCGAACCUGCUGGUUGUCCCAAAUGUAGAGCUAGGUAAUCUGGAGCCUCUGCUGGAGAAGUUCACUACGGAGGAGGAGAAACAAAUGAAGAGGAUGUUACAGCGCAUGGACAUCUUAGUCAAGCAUGCAAUUGAGAAUGGUGUUCGCUUGAUGGUGGAUGCAGAGCAAACCUACUUCCAGCCGGCUAUCAGCAGACUGACGUUAGAGAUGCAGAGGAUCUACAACAAAGAAAAGCCCGUCAUCUUCAACACCUACCAGUGUUAUCUCAAGGAGGCCUACGACAAUGUAACUAUGGAUGUAGAAUUGUCUCGACGUGAGGGUUGGCAUUUUGCUUCCAAGCUGGUGCGUGGGGCCUACAUGUAUCAGGAGCGAGAGAGGGCUAAAGACAUUGGUUAUGAGGACCCUAUUAACCCUGACUAUGAGUCUACCAAUAUAAUGUACAACAGGUGUCUGGACUAUGUGCUGGAUGAGAUUGCGCUUAACAGAAAUGCCAACGUUAUGGUGGCUUCCCAUAAUGAGGACACGGUGAAACACACCUUGGGGAGAAUGAAUGAGCUGGGUCUCUUACCCACAGACAACAAGGUGUACUUUGGUCAACUACUGGGGAUGUGCGAUCAGAUCAGCUUCCCACUGGGCCAGGCAGGCUUCCCCGUCUAUAAGUACGUCCCCUAUGGGCCGGUGAAUGAGGUAAUGCCCUACCUGUCUCGGAGAGCCCAGGAGAACCGAGGCUUCAUGAAGGGUGCCCAAAAGGAGAGGGAGCUGCUGUGGAAGGAGCUGAAACGCAGACUUGCCUCUGGGGAGCUUCUCUACAGACCAGUGUACUGAAAACACAAAAGAAGAGACAAAGAGUAUGUCAACGUGUCGUGUUUUUUUUUUAUUCUUUUAUUUUAUUUUGUAUCUUCUCUAGUUGAAGGCUGCUGCUGUGGCUGUCUGUUCUGUCUCUCCCUCUGUAAAGCUCUCCCUGGAUGUACAUCUCCUGUUCUACCCUGUCCUGGAGUUGUAAUGCUGAUGGACUGUUUUGGCAUUUCACUCUGUUAUUCUGUCUUUGCAAUGCAGUUUUUUCUCCAUUCUGUUCCUCGCUGAUGUAACCAACCUUCACCCCCAUCCUUUCUUUUGUGUACUGCCCAUGUUCUCUCUAUUUCUUUUCCUUAUCCGCCUCUGCAUCCAUAAGCAUUCCUCAUUUUGCCUUCCCGUUGUCUAUAGAGCUCUGGUAUCCAUCAAGUGGGCAUCUUUACUGCUCCAAAAGGACUCCCUAAAAUGUCGACGAGACCUGGGCGGGCAUCUCUUUUUAUCACCCUAUUCAUCUUGGAGAGGG